AUGGAGGUGUCUCCACAUGCAGACCCCAGGAUGCUGCUGGUGCUGUUCCUGGCCGUCUCCUCCCUGCGGAGCUGCAGCGCGGAGAGCCCAGUGCCCGUUCCCGAGAAUGACCUGGUGGGCAUCGUGGGGGGCCACAACGCCCCCCAGGGGAAGUGGCCGUGGCAGGUCAGCCUGAGGAUCUACAGCUACCACUGGGCCUCCUGGGUGCACAUCUGCGGGGGCUCCCUCAUCCACCCCCAGUGGGUGCUGACCGCCGCCCACUGCAUUUACCGGAGGGACACCGACCCGUCCACCUACCGGAUCCACGCCGGGGACGUGUAUCUGUACGGGGGCCGGGGUCUGCUGAACGUCAGCCGGAUCAUCGUCCACCCCAGCUACUCUGUCUUCUUCCUGGGGGCAGACAUCGCCCUGCUGAAGCUGGCCACCAGUGUGAGGAAAACACACACUCUUGCACCGGUGGCCCUGCCGUCACAGUCUCUGGAGUUCACUGACAGUGACAACUGCUGGACCACAGGCUGGGGCUGUGUCAGCUUGUUCGAUAUGCUGCCGCCUCCUUACCGCCUGCAGCAGGUGAAGGUCCCCACACUGAGCAACGCAGACUGUGAGCAGCAGAUCCACGAUGCUUUUCCUGAUGCUGGAGACAGAAAGUUCAUCCAGGACGACAUGAUCUGUGCCGGCCGCACGGGCCGCCGCACCUGGAAGGGUGACUCUGGCGGCCCCCUGGUCUGCAAGAAGAAAGGUACCUGGCUCCAGGCAGGAGUGGUGAGCUGGGGAUUUUACAGUCAUCGGCCCAGCAUUGGCGUCUACACACGAGUCCAGACCUAUGUGCCCUGGAUCCUGCAGCAAAUGCGCCUCUAAGCCCCAGGCCCCUCCCAGCUCCCUAAAAUCCAGCUCAUUCCUCGUCUUGGUCACUCCGCUCCCUGCUUCUUCCAGCACCCACCUUCUCUGCUCCUCCAUCCCACGUGGUCCUCACUUCCCUCCGCCUUUUCAGACCUGCACCUUCCUCCCUCACACUGGGAGGAGGAGGCAUGGAAGGUGCUUUGAAUGGGAGUGAGGUUAGGGAUGAAAGUCCUGGAGCCAGUUUGCAGUGUCGUCUCAUUAAACGGUUAGCAAAGCAAACCAGAAAGUGGCCAGUGUGUUCCUGAGUGUGGGUGUGGCUAGCCGGGCGGGGACUGGAGCUUCCUGAUGCGGGUGCAUCUGCUCUGGACGGUUGCGCUGUAGAAAUGGCUGCUCCAAGCCAGGCAUUCAUUGGUGGUGGGGGGAAAUGAUGGAUGGGUGGCAAGAGCAGGGGAAAUAUUCUCAGUGAUGACUCUUCUCUUGGGGCCCAGCUCCCAGCCCAGUCCUCCACUAAAAGUACAGGUCAGCCUCAUCACCAAAUUUCAUCCAUCUACCAUCUAUCUACCCACUAAAUCCACCUACUCAUCCAACCAUGAAUUCAUCCAUUCAUCCAUCCACCCACCC